GUACCUCACGCUGAGGACAAGGUAUCUCACAGUGAGGACAAGGUACCUCAAACUGAGGACAAGGUACCUCACGCUGAGGACAAGGUUCCUGACGCUGAGGACAAGGUUCCUGACGGUGAGGACAAGGCACCUCACGCUGAGGACAAGGUUCCUCAAGCUACGGACAAAUUAUCUCACGGUGAGGACAAGGUACCUCACACUGAGGACAAGGUACCUCACGCUGAGGACAAGGUACCUCACGCUGAGGACAAGGUUCCUGACGCUGAGGACAAGGUUUCUGACGGUGAGGACAAGGUACCUCACGCUGAGGACAAGGUUCCCCACGCUGAGGACAAGGUUCCUCACUCUGAAGACAAGGUUCUUCACGCUGAGGACAAGGUUCCUCACGCUGAGGACAAGGUAUCUGUCGGUGAGGACAAGGUUCCUCGCACUGAGGGCAAGGUUCCUCACGCUGAGGACAAGGUACCUUACGCUGAGGACAAGGUUCCUCACGCUGGGGACAAGGUUCCUCACGCUGAGGACAGGGUUCCUCACGCUGAGGGUAAGGUACCUCACACUGAGGACAAGGUACCUCACACUGAGGACAAGGUACCUCACACUGAGGACAAGGUUUCUCACACUGAGGACAAGGUUUCUCACUCUGAGGACCAUGUUCUUCACGGUGAGGACAAGGUUCGUCAAACUGAGGACAAGGUACCUCAUACUGUGGACAAGGUACCUCACACUGAGGACAAGGCCCCUCACGCUGAGGAUAAGGUUCCUCACGCUGAGGACAAGGUUCCUCACGCUGAGGACAAGGUUCCUCACGCAGAGGACAAGGUUCCUCACUCUGAGGACAAAGUUCCUCACGCUGAGGACAAGGUUCCUCAAGCUGAAGACAAGGUUCCUCACGCUGAAGACAAGGUUCCUCACGCUGAGGCCAAGGUUACUCACGCUAAGGAGAAGGUUCCUCACGCUGAGGUCAAGGUACCUCACACUGAGGACAAG